GAGAAGUGCUGAAUGCGCGAUUAUUUGGAGAUUUUGAAUGAACUGUCAAAUUCGAUUCUUCUAACAGUAAAGUGUAAUUAUGAUUCAUUCAAUGUCAUUGUUGCAGUUUGAGUACUUUGUUUUUCAUUAAGAUAGAUGUGAUGUGCUCUGAGCUACGUGAGGCAAUAAUGAAUUGUUUACACCAAUUAAAACGUUCUCAGUGCUUGUGAUUCACUCAAAAGUCGCUCUUUGCAAUACUGAAUGAUUUUAUUUUUUUGUAAAUUCAAAGCAAAAUGCGAAACUGACAUCUAGCGGACGCCAAAAUAACGAAGAAGAUUAAAUACAUUAUAUUACAUGGAAAACCGGGUGUGCAGACUGCAGACUACACAACACGGACCAGUUUUUAAUAAAAUCCUGGUUAUUUCGGUUAUUUUGGAGAUUAUUUUUUCAUCAAGAGUUCAAAACGAGUGAAGUAAUUGUAGAUAAAUAAUAUGUCGAUAAAUUACGUAAUGAAAAGUUGAUGGAAGUUUUUUAUUAGAAAAAUUGCGAAUGUGCUGAGGUUAUGAUGUUGUGAUUUUUUUUCAAUUUUUUUUUAACAGUGAUUGUUUGUUAUAAUGGAAGAAGUCGAUAAUAUUAUUAUACAUUCCUUGCGUCAAAUAGGCUGUGAUGUGAAUGACAGUAUAACAAAUUUAGCUGGAUUCAAUACAGAACUUGUCAUUGAAGCAACUGUAAAAUGUUUAGAAAUUAUAAAACCAGGUCAAGGGUUGAAUCCUAUUUUGCCAACUAAUAUGGCUGCAAGAUUUCGUAUGGGAGCUGCCUUGGCACAAUGUUGCCAAGAACUUGGAUACAAAGGUGACAUUGGUUAUCAGACUUUUUUAUAUAAUGCAGAAGCUGAUUUGCGUAGGGUAUUCAUGUUUCUUAUUGAAAAACUACCUAAAGAAAGUGAUAAGAUUAUAAGUGAACCAGCUACAAAAAGUGCUCAGCUAGAAAAGUUAGUUUCAGCUGCCAUAGCAGCACAAAUUUCAGUGCCAUGGUUACCAUAUUACUGUCACAAAAAGCGAUCUAAAUGUGACAUUAGAAUUAAAAUACCCUUUACUGCAAUUCGCCUUAAUGAUCCUCCUUCAGAUUGCAGUGAUGAAUAUCAACAUUAUGCUGUAAAAUACAAAAAGUCUUUUCUAGAACAAAUACCUCAUGUUAAAUAUUUAGUUCCAUCAGUAAUUGAUUUGAAUAAUAGAAUACAAAAUAAAUCUUCAUUAACCACAGAGGAAAAAAUUGAAUGGCUUAACUCAGGAGAAUAUGAUAAAAAAAUUGAUUUACCUAAAAGUGACUCAUAUUCACUUAGUAGGCUUAUGUCAAACAUUAAUUUGAAAGAAACUAAAGAUAAUGGAGAAUCUAUAGAAAAAGCAGAAGUACAGAAGGAAGAAGUCAAAGAAGAAGAAACAGAAGAACCAGUCAAACAAGAAAAGAGUAUCGAAGAAUUGAAAGCUGAAUAUGAAAGAUUGAAAGUUACUCGUAAAGAACUUCAAGCAGAAGUAAAGAAAUUGUUCUCUGAGUUAGCUGUUGCUAAAUUAGAAGAACAAAAGGAGAUAGAAAAAUUUGAGGAGUUUGAAGAGCAAAGUAGAAUCAAGUUAAAAGCAUUAGAAUUGCUUGAGGGAGGUGAAGAAAAUAUUCAGAAGUUACAAGAAAGUAUAGAAGCACAAAGUAACAAACUCAUCAGCUUGGCUAAUCAGUGGGAAGAGCAUAGAUUACCUCUCAUUGAACGAUAUCGAGAUGAAAGAGAAAAAUAUUCUUCAAAGGCUAGUGCCAGUCAAAAGAAACUUGAUGAACUACGAUUAUUGAAAAAGAAGGAAAAGGAAUUGUUAGAAGAAUGUCGUAGUAAAGAUCAACAAUAUGCUCAACUUGUUGCAGAAGUUCAAAAACUACCUAAAGAAGUAAAUAGGGCAGCCUAUACGCAAAGAAUCUUAGAAAUCAUAAAUAAUGUGAGAAAACAAAAGGAUGAAAUAAACAAAAUACUUGGUGACACGCGAGAAAUACAAAAGGAAAUUAAUACACUCACCGGCAGGGUCGAAAGGUCAUUUGCAGUGGUUGAUGAGUUGAUAUUCCGUGAUGCUUUGACAAAUGAAACAUCUAGAAAAGCGUAUAAACUUCUUGCGACUCUACAUUCCGAUGGCAGUGAAAUUAUCAGCUUAGUAGAAGAAACUGGUGCCAUUGUUCGAGAAAUUCGAGAUUUAGAAGAACAGGUUGAUUCAGAAAACGCAAAGAACAUUGGAGCUAAUUUAGAAAGAAUAACGGCUGAUUUGGCACAAAUGAGGAAGGAAACGGCAGCUUUGAAAGCACAGCUUCAAAGUAAAAAUUCAUCGUGACUGUAUGAGUGGUAUGAUAAAAUCGAAAUAAAAAGAAAUAGUAACCGAAUCAAUGAAAUUGUUAUACUAUUGUUAUAUGUAUGUAUAAGAUAUAUCAAACAAAGCACAGAUAUUGCACAAUCUUGUAAUAGUAAUACUACUAGUUUCUUAUCUUUGACAGUGCAUUUAUAUUUAGCUUUUUUAAAAGAUUUUCCUUGUGUAAAUAAUAUCAUUUUAAUAUAUAUUUGAUACUGUAAAAUAUAAAA